AUGGCCUCACCAGCCGCUAUAUCCACGUUGUCUGGGCGAGACAAUGAGGAGGAUCGGGAGCUUUUGAAUGAUGACGACGUCGAGGACGAUGACAACGAUGUGAGCUUGGAGAUGGAUGAGCGACAACGCGCGCACCUUGAAUUCAACCGUCAACUAGAUGACUUUUUGGCACCCCUGAAAUUGGAAGAGGCAAUCUUAUACAACUUGGCUCGACGAUUUUCCAAAGUAUAUCGUGAGCUGGCUCUGACCUCAGAUCAACAAUUUCUACCCACCCCUGUAACCCGGCUGCCUACGGGUCAGGAAACAGGCCGCUACUUGGCCAUCGACGUGGGAGGAAGUAAUCUGCGGGUUGCCUUCAUUGAGUUACUGGGUGAGGUUGAGGACUCGGAAAAUCGCUCCGCAGACGCCUCCGAGAGGUCCCAGGAUACGAUCCGCAAGGCUCAGAGACAAAGAGUGAAGCGGACCCUCGAGCGGGCAUGGCCGAUCCAGGAACAUUUGAAAAAAGAUCAGGCCGAGGAUUUAUUUGCGUGGAUUGGAGAUUGUAUCGCCGAAGUGGUUGCAGAAAGUCUCAUCUCGGAUCAAACACAAAAGCAUGUCCCCGCCGAGCUAGACAUGGGCAUUACAUUCAGUUUUCCUAUCAUGCAAGAAUCACUCGCCGAAGCCACGCUGAUGCCCAUGGGCAAAGGGUUUGCAAUCACUUCAAACCUUGACUUGCGUCACAUUCUCUUGACUGGAUAUGAAAAACAUACUAGGAGACCUGACGAUGAGGACGAGCCUUCGUCAAAACGACGAAAGCUCUUCGCUCUGCCGAAGCUCAAGAUCCAAGCGAUAACAAAUGAUGCGGUUGCGACAUUGGCUUCGCUUGCUUACAAGGUCAAGUCACUACCGAACAGCCGGGUCGCAAUGGGCAUUAUUGUGGGCACCGGAUGCAAUGCCACCAUUCCCAUGAAGCUCGAGGACCUUCAUGAGUCGAAAGCUCGAAGUGUCCACACGAUGAACUCUGAUGCCACAGAGACAAUCAUCAAUACGGAGUGGACAAUUUCAGGAGCCGCCGCACCCCUUCGGGAGUUGAACAUUACUACAAAAUGGGAUGCUCUCCUAGACCAAGCAUGCGCGCGUCCUGGCUUCCAGCCCUUUGAGUACAUGACAGGUGGUCGGUAUAUUGGAGAGCUAAUUCGCUUGAUUCUGUCCGACUACCUCACGACCGUAGCAGGGUUAUCCAAGCAAAACCUGCCGGUCUCCCUGGUCCAGGAAUACGCUCUGACGACCACAUACAUAUCCGACAAUGUCGCCAGGGCGAAAUCGGACCAAGACCUUGCAACUUUGUUAAACGAUUCCCUCCCUCCUCCGGAAGGCAGCGAUUGGGAGUGGGAUUGGAAGGCAGCUGGUGCUUUCCGAAAGAUUGCGCGUACAGUACAAGCUCGCUCAGCUGGUCUGAUUGCCGCUGCUGUGAUCGGCCUGUUGGCAUGUUGCCGGGAGAUUGAGUUGAAAGAGGACAGCACGGUCAACACACCUGAAGCCCCAGCUUCUCCUCAUGGCAACGGGGAUACUCCGGUUAUCAGUAGCGCAGCGAGCCCAUCAGCAGCGACGCCGAGUUCGAACGAGAUCCAUGGACAUGUCGUACCAGUCCUUCAGCCACUGCCUGCGGACUGGCAAUCGGGACCAGAGGAACUUGUCGUUGCUUAUACAGGCGGGAUCAUCCAACAUUACCCGCAAUUCAAAGAGAUGUGCCAACAGCAAAUUGACCGUCUCAUCAUGCGGACAGGUCCACAGCGGGGUGGAAAAUCUGUGUUCCUGCGAGAGGCCUCGGACGGAGGCGUUAUCGGAGCUGGCGUUUUGGCUGGUAUGGUUGCAGAGAAGUAG